AUGUCUACGAAGACCACGGGCAGAGCCAGCCUCUGGCAGAUCCACGGCCAGCAGCGGAAUCGUCAUCACCUUUCGACGUCACAACAAGUGAAAUCGAGGGUUUUCAUGAAGCAGCCACGCAGCCGACCGGAAACGUUCGGGAGUCACGUGAGUGAAGUAACGACCUACUUCCGGCUGUUCGGCUCUCGACCAAAGUUGGGACUUCCCUGUACACUGCACGAGCGGGCGGUAUCCGCAAACAGCCCUUAGCUAUCGGCGGCGUUGACCACGCGUGAUUGCGAGCGAUCUUCAAUCCCCUAUAAGGUCGGCGCUGCCAUGCAUUACAGGCAAUCGCUCAUCUUCUCGCACGUGAAGGUGGCCACCGUGCUUUAACGCUCCGACAGCCUCCCGGUUGGCCUUGCAGGAGCGGCCUUUCCUGUAGGGCGAUGCCGUUCGAAGAAGCUCUGUCUUUGAAUCCAUGCCAUUGGCACAUCAAGUCAUUCAUUGAAGCUCGGCGUCUCCUAAGGCGCUCACGAAAAUGUUUGUCUGCGCCAUAUCAGACAAAGCGCCUGGCAAUUGUUCGAUCGAAAAGAUGGUGGGAUGGCAAACAAGCACUUGCAGCUUCAGCGCGCACGCUGGAGUUGUGGUCACUCCAAACAACGUUCGUUCCUUGGCAUGGCGUCUCGCUAACAGCAACAAGCGAUCGCCACCCCUAUUCCACGGUGCUUAUUCGGUUUCUGGCUUCGGAAUCCGCUCCUCAUUGGUCAAGCCAGCUCUCGGGGUUCCGCAAUCCAACGUUUAUCUUGCUCCAUUGCUGGAAGAGCUAAAGAUGCAUCCCACUGUUCAUGGCCUUCACUUGCGGCGGUGAAAGCUAGCCAGGAACAUACCUCCGACUUGCUCUUCCCUCUUCGCGUGAACUUACAUUUUCUCACGCUAGCGUGCGUGGUUGAGGUUAUGGCAUUGUCUCCUAGAUUUCAUCGACGAUGAUCGUCGACAGAUCGACAUCGCAAGGGUGAGACAGCCGUCAAAGCUCGGUCGAGACUUUGAAACCAGGCGUUCGAAGAUGGUGAGUGGCGUGGAAAUUUUUUCCGUCUCUACCCCAGCUUUUCCACACUACGCUCGGCUCGGCAUUUGAAUAGGUUCCGAAGUUUGCGUCGUCGAUUCAUAAAACACUGCACGUGCUGGAUUUCCACACUACCUGUCCGGGUCUAACGGUCGUGGGAACGUCGUCCGGGCUAGACGUGUGACGUCUAGCUCGCAGGUGAGGAAGGCAUCCGCAAGACCGCCUUCGAAGCAGGAGACUGAGAGCUGGAUCUGUUGGUCUUCUGAAACCCGGCUGCUAAAGAAGGUCAUAAUCCUCGACUCGCGAAUGACUGAUCAGCAGAACAUGAUGCCGAAACAACAUUUGUCGAUGCAAAGGGCGCCAAAUUUCAAAGAAGCGGGCUGCCCCGGAGCUGCACAAGACGUGCAAGUUCGAGGUGGGGAAGCUCGCGGCUUGUUGAGCGCCUCGUCUCUCUACCGCGCACCAUGGCCCCUUGCCCUUCUUCCCAGCGCCUGGCCGUGGUCUAGGCUCUCCAUUGGCGUGAAGCGUAUCCUGCGAGUACACGGCGCUUGUGUGGCAUGGAUCACUAAGGGCCUGCUCUAGCACGAGGACGCGAAGCUCUGACCAGGACCUUAACGGUCGCCCCGGCGAUCGAGGCGCUUGAGCAGCUCGAUCCGCCAUAACGACGGCCAGACCAGCGAGCGCUUUGCGGGCUCAGCGCAACUCCGGGCCGCGCUCGAUUGCGACAUGAUCGUGGGCGCAUAUGUAGCGUAGAACAGCGGUCUCGUCCACGGCUCUGGACCACACUUUGGCUUUCAGCACGAAUCGCAAAUGCUAGCAACGAAACCGACUUUGAGUCGCUUAUCGCUGGGCUGUUAGCGUGAGAUGCGUUUACGAGCUGCAAAGGUCCGCACCUCGACUUGCUC